AUGAAAUGCACGGCGAAGGAAAGAGAACAGAAAAAAAAAACUUACCUUUCUUCUUCUUCUUCUUCUUCUUCUUCUUCUUCUUCUCUCUCGGAGAGUGAUUUUAUUCGGCUUUCCUGCAAUGUUUUUUUUCUCGCGUUUUCUCGGAAAAUUGCAAACCCUAGGAAAUUUUUAGCCGAUUUACUCACCCUUUUUGUCUUUUGUUCAUCUGUCAUCUCAUUGACGGCGCCUCUCCGAAGAAACGAAAACCCUAGAGACGAGGGUUCGACUGCGGCCAUGGGUUUUCGUUGUUUCUUUCAUUUCCUCGAUUUCUAGAGCUUCGACUUGUUGGCGUCGUGAUUUCCAGUUGACCAUGGAGAGAUCCGAUUCCAGGGGUUCCUACGACUUUUCUCGGGCUUCCUCAGAUGCUGCACUAUUUGAUGCAUCCCAAUAUGAGUUUUUUGGUCAAAAUGUUGUGGAGGAAGUGGAACUGGGGGGGCUCGAGGACGAAGAGGCGAAGGCUGCUGUUCUGGGAUAUGCUGAUGAGGAUGCGUAUCACUUGUUUGAUAAAGGAGAGGGUACUGGGUUAGGGUCUUUGUCUGACAUGGACGAUCUCGCGACCACUUUCGCAAAGUUGAACAGGGUUGUUACUGGACCCAAACAUCCUGGAGUUAUUGGUGAUAGAGGAUCAGGAUCCUUCUCAAGGGAAAGUUCAUCUGCUACAGAUUGGACGCAAGAUGCAGAGCUUUCAAGCUGGUUGGAUCAGCAUAUGCUAGACGUACAAGCUCAGGAAGCUAAGAGAUGGUCCUCACAGCCUCAAUCAUCCGAGCGUUCGAAACCUUUGUGCAGGACAUCCUCUUAUCCUAAGCAGCAACCGCAGCUGCAUCACUAUAACAGCGAACCCAUUAUUGUACCAGAAUCAACUUUCACAUCUUUUCCACCUCCUGGUAGCCGAUCUCAGCAGGCUUCAUCCAGCCAUCUGCAUCGUGCUCCUUCUCUUCCUGGGACAGCCCAGUUGGCCUUAUCUGCACCAAAUGUUUCUCCACUGUCAAGUUCUAAUCUUCAUGUAACGGGAUUGUCAAAUGUCCCCCACUAUGGUGGUAAUCUGGCAAGAUUUGCAUCUGGUGGACCCACACUUAGUAACAUGGUGCAACAUCAUUGGUUCAGUGACUCUGGCCUCCUACACAGGGAUCAUUCUGGACUAUUACAUAGUCUGGUGCAACAACAGCAACCCCACUUGCCCCCACGCAACGGUCUUCUGUCACCACAUUUGAUUUCCCUUCCGCAGAGACAAUCCCUAGCCCAUCUUGCCGCCUUUCAAUCCCAGCUGUAUAAUUCAUAUCCUUCUCCGUCACGUAAAGCGCCAUUUGGGGCUGGUGAAGGUCGGGAGCAUAAACAUAGGUCAUCUCACAGAAGCCGAAAGAACAGAGGCAUCUCCCAACAGGCGUCGGAUAUAUCUAGUCAGAAAAGUGAGGGUGGAUUGCAGUUUAGCUCAAAGUACAUGACUUCGGAAGAAAUAGAGAGUAUUCUCAAAAUGCAGCAUUCCAAUUCACACAGCAAUGAUCCUUAUGUCAAUGAUUAUUACCACCAAGCUCGGCUUGCUAAGAAGUCUGUUGGAUCAAGGGAAAAACCUCACUUCUAUCCUUCUCACCUGAAGGAGCACCAAUCUCGGUCCCGUAAUAGUACUGAGCAGCACCCACAAGUUCACAUCGAUGCUCUUGGGAAGAUUACCCUUCCUUCCGUUCGUAGGCCGUUGGCCCUAGUUGAGGUCGACUCUCCUCGUGGGUCUAGUGAGGGAAGCUCAGAUCAUAAGGACUCUGAAAAGCAUUUGGAUCAGGAACCUCUGGUUGCUGCUAGGGUUACUAUUGAAGACGCUCUUGGAGUUCUCAUUGACAUAGAUGACAUCGAUAGGAUUUUGCAAUUUAAUCGGCCCCAGGACGGAGGUGCUCAACUCAGGAGAAAGAGGCAUAUUCUGCUGGAAGGCUUAGCAACAUCACUUCAACUUAUUGAUCCAUUCAGCAAAACUGGUCAGAGAGCUGUGUUGACCGCAAAGGAUGAUAUCAUUUUUCUACGGAUUGCGACUCUUCCCAAGGGUCGGAAAAUGCUUACAAAGUAUUUGCAGCUUCUUGUCCCUGGUAGUGAGGUUGCCCGGAUUGUUUGUAUGGCUGUUUUCCGCCACUUGAGAUUUCUGUUCGGUGGCCUUCCCUCAGACACAGCAGUAGCAGAGACAAUUUCAAAACUUGCCAAGGCGGUAACGGUGUGCGUUCAAGCCAUGGAUCUCAGGGCACUGAGUGCUUGCCUUGCAGCAGUAGUUUGUUCCUCAGAGCAGCCGCCUCUCCGUCCCAUCGGAAGCCCUGCUGGGGAUGGUGCUUCUCUCGUCUUGAUAUCUCUUCUUGAGAGGGCUGCUGAAGUACUCGUUCCUCAUGUGAAUCACACUAAUCAUAACGACGGACUGUGGAGGGCCUCGUUUGAUGAAUUUUUCACACUUCUCACCAAGUACUGCAGGAGUAAAUACGAGACAAUCCGCAGUCAGAACCAGGGGAGUGCAGAUAUUAUGGAGUUAGCCAUAAAGAGGGAGAUGCCUGCAGAGCUUUUACGGGCAAGUCUCCGUCAUACCAGUGAAGUCCAGAGAAACUAUUUACUGAACUUUGGCCGUAAACCAUCACCCGUUGGCGAGUCCUCAUCCCAUGCAAGGGGCGGCCAGAUCAACUCUGAAACCGUGAGGGUUUAAACUAGAGCAAACAAACUGUUUGCAUUUAUACCGGGCUCUCGAUUUUUAUGGGUAAAACAUUCUGAGGAGGUGGAUAUGGGCAGUGGACAUGGAGGGUCAAACUUUAAGUACAGUAUCUGGUGUUGGGUAUCUUUCAGAGGGUGAAUUCAGGUUGUAAUGCAUUUAGAUUUCUGCUUUCUUUCUCUCUUUUACUUGGUUUCCUUUCUUUUUCUGGGGAAUGAUGGACCAACGCACAGCUGUAUUUAUGGUGGGGAAAAAAAUUGAAACUGGGAGUUGGUUACUGGAAGCAGUGGGCUUCUGGGGAGCGGUAUUUUGGUGCUCUGUGUCGAGAACUCCUUGAGAAAAUUAGGACACUUUUGGGAACAAAUUUAGGGUUUAGGAGUUUGGGAAUGGAAGGAAGGAUUAGUUGUUUUGUACAGAAUGUGUUUGCAGAUGCUGAUGAUGUACCCUUUUGGCGGAAUCUCCUGGUCUGAAUCUAUCUCUCUCUCUCUCUGUGUACCGUGGCAACUAUGCUCGGGGAGAGAGAAAUUAAAGUCAUUGACAUGGCCAUGGGAAAAAAGAAUGGCGGCGGGGGAGCUAGGGACAAACAAGACAAGACGGUUGCUGAUCUUCUGCCACUGUCUCCGGUAGCUGACAGGUUUGGUUGUGGACUGGUGUGGGGGAAAAGAUUUUACUUUUGUACUCUGUUUCAUCUGGUAUGGGCAUGCAAUAACGAUUGGAACGUGUAAAAAAAGGAACCGUCUUUGAAAGAAUUUAUAACUCCAGAACUCAUGUAUCUUUUGGAUCCAAUGUCAUGUGUGAUUCAGCCGUUGAUGAUGUUGAUCUCUCUUCAAUCAUAUGUGUCAUUGCUCUGUUAAGAGAAAGUUUGUCUCCGAGUCAUUUGUAAUGUUUCUUUUGUCUUAUUUUCAGAUACUAUUUUCA